AUGGAAGACUUCAGAGCUGGAAAUAUUGGUGGUUCAUCUGCUUCGGAUCUUGGUCAUGAGGAUGACUCAAAAGCAGCAGAAGAUUUAUCAUUUGAAGCAAUACAGUAUGAGUUUUUUGGAAAGAGUGCAAUAGAGGACGAACUGAAAGACUCAGAGGAUGAAAUGGAUGAUGAUCCAUUUGAGGGGUCUCAAUAUGAGACAUUCCCAUCAUCUGAAAAACACAAGGGUAAAGGCGAGUGUUCAUACAAAGUUGAUGAUCUCGCAACUGCUUUUACAAAGCUAAACAGGAUUUGCGAACCAAGCCUAGGCUUCACCAGCGUCGAAAGUCACCCUUCAGUUAGUCCAGUAAUGCCACAACCAUACAGAAGAUGGAGUGGUACUAUAAAAUGGUUUAGCAAUGAAAGGAGCUAUGGUUUCAUAAGGCCAAUCAAUGGUGGUGAAGACAUAUUUGUGCACUACUCUUCUGUGAAGUCUGAUGGCUACGUACGUAUACGGGCUGGCACACUGGUCGAAUUCGACGUUGUGGGCGGGCAUUGGCGUGAAAAAAGACUGAAAGCAAUCAACGUGACUGGUCCUGGUGGAACUUUGCUUCAAGACAGUAGGAGAAGAGCCAUUAAUAUUGCAACUGGCAGUGGCAGCGGGAGUACUACUGGUAGCAAUGCUGAAACUCGUCCUUGUCUUGGGCCAUGCUAUAGGUGCGGCGAGAUGGGUCAUAUAGCGAAGUACUGCUUCCUUGGUAGAAAGAAUGACACUGCUGCUGCAUGGCCAGGGUAUGGACAGAAAACAUGGAUUGGCGUUGCUUGGUGCCAUUUCUGUGGCCAGCUUGGUCAUUUGGCAAGUAAUUGUCUCACUGCUAGUCCUAGGAAGUGA